GAACGCCGCUCAUUUUGGCUUCUGCGCGUGGGCGCGAGGGAGUAGUCAAGUUGCUACUAGAACGGACUGAUGUUGAUCCCAAUAUCCCGGACACUGGUUUUGGCCAAACACCCCUCUCGUGGGCUGCCCGUAAUGGGCACGCGGGAGUAGUCAAGCUGCUGUUGGAACGUGACGGCGUCAACCCCGAAACAGCGGAUAACAGUGGGAAAACACCUCUCUGUUAUGCCAAACUCAAAGCACAUCAUGCAAUAGUAAACUUGCUCUCCAUUCCCGAGCCAGUCUAAUGCCAGCCAACAAUACCUUCCUCGAUCGAGCCCCCCUCUCCCCCUAAACUACAUGCCGAACCCCCAAUUUCAGGUUACGACAUCCCCCACCCAACCCCACCUCCCCUCCUUCCUUCACCAGAAAACACCCUCGAACCGCCGCUAUCACUGGGUCUCCAGCCAUACUUCCCUUUUUGUCCCCGCUUCUUCACUAUCUUUAUCUUUUUCCUCAUCUCUGUUUCCUUUUUUUCGUUGGUUGGUUGAUUAUUAUUCCCGCUGUGCGAUGUAGCAGUCCCCCAUGAGGAUAAUAUUUCAUACUCCUUAAUGGAUGGCGUUCAUUAUUAUUAUCAUAACUUCACUCCUCUCCGGAGUACUACUAGAUUGUAUGGGUAUUGUUUUCAUUAAGUCUU